AUGGGGGACUGGGCCAGCGGCUACAAGGAGAUGGUUGUCAGUUUUGCCAGCAGCUACCAAUCAACAGAGGGCUUGGGAUGGACAUGGACUGCAGACCAGGGCUGGUCACAAGCUGAUGAUAAGCUCACCCCUGUUGGGCAAGCUGGGCUGGAGGGAGUCAUCACCUGUGGUUCCAGCCCCAUGGACGUAGAGGAGUGGGCACAAACACAAGUCAAGUCUGAAGACCUGAAAGUGGGGCUCAUAAGCUGGGCAGGAAGCUACCUAAGCUAUGAGGCAAAUAAGGGCAGAAUCCACGCGACUGCUAAAGGUUUGGGCCGAAGACAGACCUGGGAGAUCCUGGUGAGCAAUGAACAUGAGAACCAGGCCAUGGUACGACUGAGGAGCUUUCAGGGUCUCUUCCUUCUGUGUGAGACUGAUGGCUCCAUCUGCUGUGGUCAGCCCAAAACCAGCCACCAUGGAUGUUUCCUGCUCCGCUUCCACCGCAACAGCAAGUGGACAUUGCAAUGCAUCAUUAGCGGACGCUACCUAGAGUCGGAUGGUGAAAUGGUGUUCUGCCAGUCUCGGGUGCUCUCAGCCUACCACAUGUGGACCCCCCGGCCAGCCCUGCAUGUUCACGUGAUCCUCUACAAUCCCUUCACCCACUGCUAUGCACGGGCCGACUCCAGUGUGGGUCGUAUCUGGGUGGAUGCGCCCAUCCCCAAUAAGGAAGAAUGUGGCUUUCUGUUGCAUUACCAAGAUGGCUGCUACCACCUGGAGACCUCAUCACACUGCUUCGUGUCCCACUAUGACCGGCUGGCCUGCCAUGCCUCCUUUCAGACAGCUUUCCACAUGCAGGUGCGGCCCGGAGGGCUGGUGGCACUGGGUGAUGGAGAAGGAGGCAUGUUGUACCCACAGGGGAACCGUCUACUGCUGAGGCUGGGUCCCAAUCCCUGCAGGGGAGAGGAGUGGUUUCUCCUCCAGCGCUGCCCAAACUGGAUAACCCUUAAGUCAAAGGCUCGGAAGUUCCUCUCAAUCAUCUAUGAUGUUGAAAUUUAUGCUGCCUCUGAGCACUUAAGCCCACUGUCCUUGUUCCAGUUUGAAUGUGACAGAGAUUUCCCCAAGUUGCAGCUUCGUUCAGCCAAUGGCUGGUACGUGGCCCAGAGAAAUCAUAAAACUGUGAAGGCUAAUGGGCAUCCAAUGGAGUCUGAGACCUUCUUCCGCCUGCACUGGAAUUGUGGCAAGAUUAUCCUGCAGUCCUCCAAUGGACGUUUUCUGGGCGUCAGCAGCAGUGGCAUGUUGGUGGCCCAUGCUACCAUUCCAGGCCCAAAUGAGGAAUUCCGGUUUCGGUUUGCCAAUCGUUCUUUUCUCAUAUUGCGAGGUCGGUAUGGGUAUGUGGGUACCUCGUCAGAACAAGAUCUCCUGCAGUGCAAUAUGGAUGAACCUGACUGCAUUCAGCUCCUGCCCUGCAAGCAAGGCAUAUACCACUUCCAGGCACAGGGUGGAUCCUUUUGGUCAAUCACAUCCUAUGGAACCUUUCGUCCCUGGGGAAAAUUUGCUCUCAACUUCUGUGUAGAGCUUCGGGGGAGCAACUUACUCACGGUCCUGGCACCCAAUGGCUUCUACAUGCGAUCUGACCGAAGUGGUACUCUCUUGGCAGAUAGUAAAGAUAUUACCAAAGAAUGCAUUUGGGAAUUUUAG